AUGUCUGACCAGGAACGGCCUGUGCCGUCCCUCAAGCCAGAGGUCAAACCAAAACCAGAAAUCCCUCUUAGAUUGCUACGUAGGUCCUCCUCUUUAGUUGAGGGAGGAGACUCCACGCAGGGAAAGGUGAAGAAAAUAGCAAAAAGGUUCACCAAGCAGGACUCCAUCAAAGCAGCAGGAGAGCAGCCGGUGAAUGGUGCCGCAGAACUCUCGCCAACACCUGAUGGGAAGGAGGUGGAGGAUCAAGGGACAGGAGCGGCUGAGGCAAACGCAGAGGACAUGCUAUAUACUCCUCUCAAUAGGUGCUGCAACAAAUCCUGCACCUGCGUGUGUCACCUAAAGAGACCCGGCAUGAAGCUCAUAUGGGUGCCUGUGGAUGAAAACUCUCCAGGUGGGGAGGGUCAGAUCAACGGGGAAGAGCGCAGAGAAGAGAAAGAUAUGAUGGGACAGAAAGCAAAUCCAAUAGAGGCGCUGCAAAGAGAGCAACAGGAAGUUGGAGGACAGGAACAAGAAUAUGAGUCUGAAUUACCAGCAUGGAAGACGGAGGGGGAGCUGAAGGCAGCAGGGAAUAAGGUGGAAAAGAACCACUCAGAGAAAAAGAGGGAUGAACACGAUGAAAAGAAUGAAGUGGAACAGCAGAAAGGAGAGAAAGCGUUCAAAGAGGGGAUGGAGGGAGAACCAAAAGAAGCAGAGAAAACAGUGCAUGUUCAGAGAGAAGAGACAGAAGCUGAACAGCCAAAGGAGAUUGAAGUGAAUGCAGCAGAUGGAGCACAUCAUCUUCCACAGGUUGUGCUCCAUCCUGUGGAAGAUGAUGGAGAAUCUGGUGGGAAGGUUGGUGAGAAGAUUAAAGAGGGAGAAAAUGAAGUGAAGAAUGCACCAAAAGAUGUGAAAAUGGCAAAAUCACAGUUCCAUCAGUCUCUGGAAAUUGCGCUGGCUGGGGGUCUGAAAAAACUUUCAGAGCACGGUUCUGUGGCUGCCAUUACUCGCUGUCAGCCUUUACUUCAAAAUAAUCCUCAGCCUCCACCGGUCCCAAGCCAUACCGCAGAAGAUGAUGAGGGGAGUAGUAUCUACGAGCGCCAUUUACCUGAUGAUGAUCGGGGCGCGAGAAAACUUUCAUCUUCGAGGCUCGACGGGAGAAACCUGCCCGCAGCACCUCGAACGCCACACCUGAGCUUGAGAACACAACGGAACCACCCGCCAUACCACCAAGGGUCCUGUGAACGGUUCUCCGAUCUACAAUGGCAGCAACCUCACACCCAGUCGGGCCAGACUGCAACCCCCCAAAACAUCUCCUCCGUGCAGCCCUCUGCUUCCUCACAGACCCCGCCGGCUCCACCGAAGACCCACUCCAGGAGGACCAGCAAUGUGUCGAUACAGUCUGCCAGCUUGUCAGAAGAAGAAAAUAAAAGUAAUGGAGAGAAAGAAGACACAGACCCGUCUCCAGUCAGAAGGAAGUCUUCAUUCAGGUUGUGCCUGACAGACGAGCCUCUGUACCAAACGUACAACGACUUCGCAAUCCAAAAGGAGAUUCAACGACAGACCGUAAUCCGAAACAUCAGCAAAACUAGCAUGGAUUAUGCUAUGGAAUUUGUGGCGCACUUCAGCGAAAAACCAUCUGGGAAGUCAAAUGUCGCCAGAGGGAGCCUGUGCCCACUGUGAGCCCUGCCCACAGUGAGUCAACCCACCUUGUGGCAGGAACAGCCAACUGUACAGGACAGUGGACUGCUGGAGCAGCUCACUGUUGACCAGAUCAAGUAUCAGGAGAGCAUGUUUGAGGUCCUGACCUCCGAGACUUCCUACCUGCGGUCCCUCUACGUUCUGACUGAGCACUUCAUCUUCACCAAUUCUCAAGUUGAGAACAUCCUGAAGGUCCGCGAGGUCAGCGAAAGGUUCCGGAAAGACCUCGAAGAGCACAUUUUCAAGGAGAUUGUUUUCCCAGAUAUAUGCAACAUCCUCCACUAUCACGCCCAGCACAACUUCUCCACCUACAUCGACUAUGUCCGCAACCAGACCUACCAGGAAAAGACCUUCAGCCGACUCAUGAAGACUAAUGAACAGUUCGCCACAGUCAUCAACCGCCUUCAGGAGCUGCCUCAGUGUCAGCGGCUGCCCUUCAUCUCCUUUCUGCUGCUGCCCUUCCAGCGAAUCACACGCAUCAAGAUGCUCAUCGAGAACAUCUUGAAGAGAACAAAAGAGGGGACGCUGGAGGAGCAGACCGCCUCCAAGGCGCUGGCCUCUGUCUCUAAGAUCAUUGAUCAAUGUAACAGAGACGUGGGAAAGAUGAGGCAGAUGGAGGAGCUGAUUGAAAUCUCGAAGAUGCUUGAGUUCGAUAAGCUCAGGGCCGUCCCCAUCAUCUCUGAGACUCGAUUUCUGGAGAAGAAGGGAGAGCUGCAAGAAAUGUCAAAAGCAAAAACCUUUGUGAACAUGAGAGCCAAGUUCUCUGCGGUUUACCUCUUCCUUUUUAACGACCACCUCAUAAUUACCGUCAAGAAAAGUUCAGACCGGUACGUGGUGGACCACACUCAUCGAUCUCUGGUGCAGGCUCAGCCUUUGGAUGAGUGUUUUGGUGGCGCAGCCUACGAGAACUGCUUCAACCUCGUCAUGCUGGAAAACCACCAGGGACGCCCGAUGGAGCGGGUCCUCAAAGCCCCGACCAAGUCGGACAUGGAGAGAUGGUUGGCAGCUUUCCCCAGCACCACCAAAGAAGACGUCGAUGAAGAAGUGAUUUAUGAGGACUGGGAUUGUCCUCAGGUGCAGUGUGUGGAGCAGUACAUCGCCCAGCAAGCAGACGAACUCAGCCUGGAGCCUACUGAGAUCGUUAACGUCACCCGCAAAACCAACGAAGGCUGGUACGAAGGAAUGCGUUUGUCUGACAAUCAGAAGGGCUGGUUCCCCGUUGCGAACGUCAUCGAGAUCACCAACGAGCACGUCAGGAGAAGAAACCUGAAGGAGCGCUACAGGGUCUCUCAGGCUACGAUGAUGGUGAAAUACGGCAAGGUCCGCUGAGUACGUCUGCACCGUACAUAUGCUUUAAGGACAAUAAGACGGAAGAUCCCAGUGAACGCUGUUUAUCAGCAAACACCUUGUAAUUAAUCCACUAACUUCUACCACUGAAGCGACGCGGAACUAAAAUUAGAUCUUUUAUUGGAGAUGCUAAAAAUGCAGCAUUCACUUUUAACUAUGACUGGAAACUGUAAAUGCCAAUCAUUCUUUGCAUUUCUUGAGAAACCAGUUAACGUUCAGUCAUGCACAUUCUCACGUUUCUGCUACUUCAAACAUCCUGUUGACUGUCACUGAGGCAGUGAGUGAAGAUCAGCUGAUCGCCUCUGGAUAUUUAAAACCGAUUGUGCUGGAAUACUACGCCUGUAAAUAUGUUGAAAAAUGUAAAUUGUAAAAGGGUGUUUUGAUUAAACUAGUGGUUGUACUUUUAAUUAAAAAAAUAAA